CACACUCUGUAGAGCUGAACUCUGGACAGAGUGACACACUCACACACACACACACUCACCACUCACACUUACAAACCUCAUGUGCUGCCAGUUAACGUGACACAGAAGGACUGGAGACUGUCUUCAUUACACACGAGGCUCUGAGGACACACACACACAGCUGAGUGUACACUGCCUGCACACAGACACACACCUCACACUCAAACGAACACACACAUAUGACUACACACAGGUUGACAUCUCACUAAACCCUGAAGUGAGACUAAAUCACACAGACACACACACACACACACACACCCCAUCUGAGCCCCAGCGCUCCCUGGCUGCCUCAAACUAGACCCAGCACAGACCCCGCCCCCUGCUGCAGCCGCUGGUGUGGUUCUGAUCCAGUUCUGCUGGUCCACUCCCUGCUCCCACUGGUGUGAUUCCGAGUUCUGAUCCGGUCACUGCUGGUCCCUGCUCCCGCUGGUGUGGUUCUGAUCCAGUUCUGCUCAUCCCUGCUCCUGCUGGUGUGGUUCUGAUCCGGUCACUGCUGGUCCACUCCCUGUGUUGUGGUUCUGAUCCAGUCACUGCUGGUCAGUCCUUCCGCUGCGAUGCCGCUGUGGGUGCACGCGCUGGCCUGUGCCUUCGGGCUGGGCUCGUGGGUGGCGGUCAACGGCCUGUGGGUGGAGCUCCCGCUGAUCGUGACGGUGCUGCCCGAGGGCUGGGACCUGCCGUCCUACCUGACGGUCAUCAUCCAGCUGGCCAACCUGGGCCCGCUGCUGGUGACGCUGGCGCACCGCCUGUGCCCGGGCCGCGUGCGGGAGACGCCGGUGGUGUCGGGCGUGCUGGCGCUGGGCGUGCUGUCCUGCGUGCUCCUGGCCGCCCUGUGGCGCCGCACCUCCUGGGUGCUCGGGCAGGAGCGCAGCACGGCCUUCUUCGUCCUCACCUUCUUCCUGGCCCUGGUGGACUGCACCUCCUCCGUCACCUUCCUGCCCUUCAUGAUGCAGCUUCCUGCCAAGUACGUCACGUCCUACUUCAUCGGCGAGGGCCUGAGCGGGUUCGUGCCGGGCCUGGUGGCGUUGGCGCAGGGCGUGGGCAUGGCGCGGUGCGUCAACGUCUCCCAGUCGUCCGCCAACGGCAGCGCGCCGGAGUUCACCACGCAGACCGAGUACCUGGCGCCCAACUUCUCCACGGAGGUGUUCUUCGGCUUCCUGGCGCUCAUGACGGCGGUCAGCCUGGCCGCGUUCACCGCGCUGAACCGAGUCCCGCGCACCUACCAGCUGUCCACCGAGAACCUGGUGCCGCCGGAGAACGACUCGGUUCCGUCCGUGUGUUCCGGAGUGGACGCCAAGGGUUCCGGCGGCGCCGAGGAGCGCGGUCAGAGUCGCCCCCUGCUGGCUAAAGCCCGCAGCGCGUCCCAGCUGGCCUUCAUCUACGGCAUGGUGGUGUGGGUGAACAGCGCCACCAACGGGCUGCUGCCGUCGGUGCAGACCUACUCCUGCAUGCCCUACGGGAACCUGGCGUACCACCUGUCCGCCGCCCUCGCCUCCGUGGCCAAUCCCGUCGCCUGCGUCAUCGCCAUGUUCCGUCCCAAACGGUCGCUGGUGUUUUUAGGGGUGCUGUGUUUCCUGGGCUCUGCGUUUGGGGGGUACAACAUGGCCAUGGCUGCCAUGAGCCCCUGCCCACUGCUACAGGGCACAGCAUUAGGGGAGGCCAUCAUUGUGAUGUCCUGGGUGCUGUUCACGGGCCUGCUGUCCUAUGUGAAGGUGAUGGUGGGGGUGAUCCUGCGAGACGAGAGCCACAGCGCCCUCGUGUGGUGUGGAGCGGCAGCGCAGGCCGGCUCCCUGCUGGGCUCGGUCACCAUGUUCCCGCUGGUCAACGUCUACCGCUUCUUCCAGGCCGGGGACGUCUGCAGCACCAUCUGUCCCUCCUGAGCCACUGGCCUGGGCUGGGAAACAGCGCCCCCCCUGUGGUGUGGAGGCUAAUGUGCAGGACUGUGUGGGACACAGACAAUCUGAACUGCUGUGACUCUUUAAGUUUAUCUUUAUUUAUUUGGCGGACGCUCUCUUCCAAAGUGACUGACAGAUACAAGACAUUACUAGCAGACCAAACAGACAUUAUUAGCAGAGCUGGACUCCUUGGAGCAGCUCAGGGCUGAGUGCCUUAACCAAGGACACAACAGUGGCAGCUGGGUAUCAAACUCUUUUCAGACUUUUCAGGCUACUGUACACCUUGCUCCUUGUCCACUCCACUGACACACACACGCACAUGCACACACACACACACACACUCUCUCUGCUCCUUGUCCACUACACUGUCAUCGCCCGGCUCCUCUGCAGCACUAACUGAGACAGACACCUCUGCAGGCCAGUCAGCAGUAGCAGUGAUGAACAAACGAUGCUCACACAGCACAGACUCAACACAUUGUACACAAACACACAACACACUGCUGCACAAAUGCAACACAUUGUACACACACACAACACACACAGAGCACACUGGUACUCACACUCAACACAUUGUACACACACUCAACACACACAGAACACACUGGUACUCACACUCAACACACACAGAGAGACACCCCCUCUUUGUCGGCGGUGUGUUAGUACAUCCCCUGUACACUGAUGAUAUUCUGUUGUUGCUGCCAGUCGUCAUUGGACAGGGGAUGGUGUGUUGUGGCUUUACAGCUUUUCCAAAUCGGUUGGGUUUUUUUUAUUAUUAUUUGUGCAUUUGUAUUUAUUUAUGAUUUGUUUGUUUCUAAAUCAGAAAGAUCAGACCACAUUGACAACCGAUGAUUUAUCAACAUGAUCAGCUAAAUAACACAAGCCGCUAAUGAGAGUUUUCUCAGUCACAUUGGUGCAUGUCUUGAAUCAUCAUGGUAACACACACAUUUGCAGAACAGUUAGGGCAUUUCUCAAAACAAUCAAGGCAAACUGCACCGCAUGUGGGCUACUUGCAAAAGCGUGCAUCUUGCUCAAAAUGUUUAGUCUAUGCCUCGAAAGCAGAUAUUUAUACAAAUGAAACUAUCAGUGCAAUCAAAAGUCCUGACGCCAUUGUUUAUGUCAAAUUAGUCAAACUGUUUUGUCUUGUUGUCAAUUUGACAGUUAAGUAUUUAAUCUAAUGAACAAUGCACAAGGCAGCACUAUUUUCUAUUUCAAAACGAUAAAGUUACCCAUAAUUGUAUGUGGAGGGGGUUGAUCCAUGACAGUGGGUAUGUUUCAAAUGUUUUUCUUUUGACAGACAUUGUAACAGUAUAAAGAAAAUAAAGGCUUUUACAGCA